GCGCCUAUUAUGUAUUGCCAUUUCUAUACAGUUCUCGUAACUUUACUUGUCAAUGCAGAGUUCAGUUACAGUGUCAGGUAUAUGACUUCGUUGUUUGGCGAACUGAAUAGAAAACUUACGGACAUGUUGCCACUCAGGGAAAAUCAAGAAGUCAGAGUCGAGCUGGACGUUAGCACGGAACGUCAUCAUCUAAAAGUGUUUAAAACCAUUCGACGAAUGCAUCUGGAACUUGUGAGAUCAUCGCUCUACCUUAAUGAUUUGUACGCACUGCAAAAUCUCGUGAUGACGACGACUUCAAUUAUAAUGGCAACGCUCUUUCUUAAUGAAAUCUACAACCUGGAGAUAAAUAAAAUUAGUGAAAUAUAUAUCACAAGUAUAACGAAACUGUUUUUGUGCUUGCCGAACAUCGUCAUUGUUAAUUUAUCCUGUACUCGAACAACAGAGGAGGCUCAUCGAACCGGAAGUAUCAUUAACAAAUUGUACUUGUCAAUCAGCAACGAGAAAUUUCAUUCAAAGAUACGACAGUUCACUCUGCAACUCAUAGACAACAGAUUGUUGUUCAAGGUCUGCGGAUUGUUUAAUCUAGGUCGAAGAUUAUUUACUAUGAUCGUCAACAGCAUCAUUACGUAUUUGGUUAUCCUAAUACAAGUCACGUACCAACGAAGUACCGAUACAGUCAACGCUGGACCAACGAUGCCACCAUCAGAUACACCAGAGUAAAUGACGGUGCAUAGUAAUUAUGUAG